AAAGAGAAAUAUUCAACGACAAAUCCUUCAUUUUCUCUUCACCGUCCAACCUUUCUUUUCCAUUCUUUUCCUUUUCCUCUUUCUCUUUAAUCUUUCUGCAUAUCUCCUUCUCCAUUGUUUUGAUUACACUUGAAUAAUCUUUUUCUUAUUUUCUCGAUAAGGCGACAAGAGACCGGGGAAUGGCACCGCGUCUCUUCGCCUGCUUUGGCAAAUGCAAUCUUGCCUCUCCUGACAAUGGAAACGUUAGCAAAACCAGUAACGGGACGGCGGAUGCCACGGUGGAGGAGCAACGCCGCGCAGGGGCAAUUCUUGUGGAGCUUUUUUCUUCACAGGGUUGCGCAACGUCACCAGAGGCUGAGUUAUUGGUGUCAAGGCUAGGGAGAGGAGACUUUGCCUUGGAAACGCCUGUAAUUGUAUUGGCAUUUCACGUAGAUUAUUGGGAUUAUAUGGGUUGGAAAGAUCCUUAUGGUGCUAGCCAAUGGACUGUUAGGCAAAAAGCUUAUGUUGAAGCUUUGAAGCUUGAUACAAUGUUUACACCGCAGGUUGUUAUUCAAGGAAGGGAACAAUGUGUUGCUAAUGAAGAAGAAGCUCUUUUGUCUGCCAUUAUGAGUGCAUCUAAGUUUCCUUCACCCUCAUUUCAGGCAACUUACGAAAGGCCAACACCAGAAUCAUUGCGAGUGAGUUUAUCAGGAGCUUUAAGGAGUAAAGUUGACAGUAACGGUGCAAAUAUAAUGGUAGCACUUUACGAGAAUGGAUUGGUGACUGAUUGUCCAAAGGGAGAGAACAAAGGAAGAGUAUUGUCCAACGACUAUGUCGUUCGAAGGCUUGAAAAGAUGUCUACUGUGAAAGAUAUUUCAGCUAAAAAAACAAUAUCAGGAACUGUUACUUUCUCUCUAUGGGAAGGCUUCAAUAAUAGCAAAUGUGGCAUUGUUGUCUUUAUUCAAGACAAUUCUCAUCAAAUUUUUGGUUCUCAAAAUUUUCAGUUGCCAAAUGACGUUUAAGCAUCCAGAAUAUUCUUAAAUCAAAUUUAUAUAAUAUUUUCUGGUUAUUACAAUCUUAAUUAGGUCCUUAUGAUGUACAGCAUCGAUGAAUUAGAUAUAUUGAUUUUAUUUUA